AUGAAGGCUUCCUUCAUUGUUGAUGAGAUUCGCGUUCGUCUGUUUGAGGCUGCCAGCUUAAAUGAUUCAUCAGGUCCUUCCAUACCCAUGCUGGUAUUCGCAAUCAAUCAAAUUGGUGCAGAUCUCAGUCUUCGCCAAUGGGAUCAAGAAAUUAAUGCCUAUAUGAAGAGGAUGAGAUUGGAGGCACCGCAAUUCUUUCAAAUCGGCAGUGAUGCUCCGGUGUGCCUGAUCGACACCCUUUCAAAAUCCUCGGAUUUGUCUACUUCGGACAAUGACCACCACUUUUCCGCUAAAUUCUUGAUAGCUGACAAGCAUGGACCCGAUUUCGCUAGUAAAUAUGACAAUAUUCGACAUAAUCUCGUCUGCAAAUUUCGAGUAUUGAAGAUCCAUCUGCACAAAGAGGCUCUGGUUUCCCUGAUGGGUUUCUUCAGUAAUUUGGCGAACGUUCUCUCCAAGAAGCUUGAAUCCGAGGAGGAACUGAAAGAAAAAGACCAGAAGGCUAUGGAGUGGGCUACUCUGGUAGGAGACACUGAGGGUUCAGCGCAACUGCGCGAGAAAUCAAUGGUAUCCAAUCGGGAGGCUCGUUUGAAUUUCACCAAAACGACUCCGGCCGAUGCUAUCACUGGCGUCUUCGCGAGGAGGAACGAGCGGCGGGAUAUUCGUAUUGAUGCCGCACUUGAAGCUGUCAAAUUGGGUUCGUGUAGCCUUGGUCGCUAUCUGAAGAUUCCGGAGAUUGUUUCUACGCAGUGGAAGAUACAGGUCACGUUAGACGAUGUACAGGUCUUAUUCGGUUCGUCGGUGGCAAAGUUGAUGACUUUCAGCAUGCUUGGAACUAGAGCGGAUCUUCGAAUGACCUACCUUACCAAGGAACUCGCAGUGGCGCUCACGGAGAUUAGUAUCUCUGAUUUUAAUAAAGAAUCUCUAUAUCGACAGAUCCUCUGGAUCGAGCCUGGUGCGAAUGUGUUCUUGAUGCAAGCCGUGUUGUACAAUCGUAGGACCAAGGAACCGGAGCUUCAAUACGAUCCAGACAAAGUCGAUUUGGCUGUCAGUUUGCAAUUCGGGAAGGUCCAUGUCAUUUUGCUCUAUUUGUUUUUGCGACAAGUUGUGGACUUCAUGGAAUCCUUCCAGGAGGCAAUAGAAUAUGCACUGACAAAGGCAUCCGAGGUUACGGAUGCUGCCAAAACUCAGAUGGAACAAAUCGCGAAGCAGCCGCACCCUCCACGUGUGGCUCUCUCAGUGAAUUUCGAGGCGCCGGUUGUCUACUUGCCCCAGAACUCCACUUCUCGCCCAGCUCUCGUCUUUGAUCUGGGUCGUAUCUCUCUGGCCAACGUCUUCGAUAUCUUUCCGAAACCUGAUGGAGUUCAAGACGAGUCGACUAAUGUCCUAAUGAUGGAUCGAAUGAGUAUUCAACUGAAGGACCUCAGAAUGUCUGCGGCAAUUUUAAAGGAUGGUGGAAUUGAAGUUGAAAGAAAUGUCAUCGAACCAAUUACUUUGACUUUGAAGUUGCAAAGAAAGGUCUUCCCUUCCCAAGGUGAUGGCAUCCCAACUUUCAAUAUAUCUGGAACUCUUGAAUCUGUUCGGCUUUUAAUGACCUACGGUGACUACAAGUUGCUGAACGAUGUAUUCAUCGACAAUUUUUACGAGGCUGAAAUGGUUUUGGGACCUCUCGACACAGUAAAUAAAGGGGCUGCCCCUGAAACGAAGAAUGAAUCAUCAGUUCCACUUCACGUCACCGAUAGCUGUUCUCUAUUGCAAGGUCUCAAUUCCACUGCGAACACUUUAGCUCAAGCUUUGGAUAGGUUUAUUUCAGUGAACUUCCUCCUAAAAUGCCUGGAGAUUGAACUCUUCCUUGGCACAAAUGACCCGAAAAAUUGGAAUCAGGAGAUUUUGCCGAAUCGGCGUCUCGGUAUUUUCACUUGUACUGAGUUAUGCGUUGAGGGCGAUGUUUUUGCCAACAACUCGUCGAAUGCAUCGGUGCGACUUAAAGACAUCUCCUUGACUGAUACCCGUCCGCAUGGGGAAAAUCAUAUCACUAAUUUAAAUAUUAUCAACCAACUGGAAUCAGUUAUUCAUUCUGCCAUUGGUAUGAUUAAAAGCACCUUAUUGUCUUAUUGUAGUAUUCUUAGCCAAGCGUCUGGAUCGGAAGGUCAAAUGACAAAUUUCGUUGAAAUUUACUACCACGCAGAUAAGGAGCAAAAUCAAACUGGCAAGUCGCUAUUUAAAAAUGUUGGAAGUCUUCGUAUUAAGAGCAACAUCGCAGAUCCUGAAAUCAUUCUUCCUGAAGAUAUGUCCAACCCUAAUUGCAAUGCCAUUUUUGUUACGACAAGUUUGAGUUUCGACUGCACCAUUCUUCCAGAAGAGACGGUAAUGAACGCUGGUAUAACUAAUUUCCGAAUCCUUGCUUGUCCCUUCCAACGUGCCGAUAGAAGCGAACACACUAUGGAAGUUCUAAUACCGACCUCGGUAUACUUCUAUGGUCGUCAACCGAUUGGGGGUUUUAUCCACGGAUCCAUUACUAUGGAGUCCUUAGUAGUCAACGUGACUGCUCCAAUUAUACGCUCAAUUUCGAAGAUCAUGAAUCACCUGUCGGAAAGCACAACAGAUGUCACUCUAUUACCAGAGGCUUCAGUCUCCUCUUCUCGUAAAAAUGCACAAUGCGAGGAGACACAGGCCAUUGAUGUUGCAAAUGCUCUCCAGAAAGUUGAGGAGGAACGAGAGGAAACGAUCGUUGUUCGGAUUGCCUACGUGUGCUUGUCCAUGGAGUCCCAAAUUGGGAACAAGCAGAUCCCCAUGCUCCUUGUGGAGGCUCAUGUUGAUGGCGAAUUGAAGUCACCAUCGACAGCGCUCGGACUUAGUCUCAACUUCGAGUUGGCGGUUUCUUACUAUAAUGAUCAUCUUAAUGAGUGGGAGCAGCUGCUAGAGACUCUACCAGCAGAAAACAAUCGGCUGUGGUCUCUUCAACUUGCGUACAAUUCCGCUGAUUCCACGACUCAGCGCACCAAACCAGAGCGGGAGAACGCAUCAGACCUUCAGAAUACGGGAAACUCUCUAUCCCUCGUAUCAGGAGACAGCCUCGAAAUCACCGUCUCAAAGACUGCCCUCGAUGUUCUCACUAAACUUGGAAAGUCCUUUGAAGAGGCCUAUAUGGCUCCCAAAACCGUGAUACCUCAUCGGGAAUCCGUUUGCGGCAUUAAGGCCCCCUAUGUGAUACGAAACCAAACAGGCCUUCCUUUAAUGAUUGUUGUAGAUGGUGAACGACUGCAGAAUUCCGAAGAACCGCCGAUAAGGCAUAUAUCAACUACACUCCCCACACGACAAAAACUUAUUGGUCUAGUAGGCCAUGUUAUCAAAACUAAUGAGAAUCUCGGUUUAUAUGACGUCCUCAUGAACAAGACGCCCACUGUCCAGAAUCUUCGACAUGCACCCAAAACCCCACCUCGGCCCAUCCAUCUCGGCCUUGUCCCCAAAUCGGCAACGUUUUUGAACGAUUGUAAUAAGUUCGUGGCUCGAACUGCAUCGAUCAGGAUCCAUCGAACGGCCAACUACAUCGUUUCAGCGCCAUCUUUCAACGAUGACGAGGAUGCUCAGCCCAUCGUGGCUUCGAUAACUGCCUUUCUGGGACAGAAAACGCUUUGCUUACAGUCAACUGUCCAGGUUGUAAAUGAAACUCCAGAUGCAAUAAAAAUCUAUUCCCUCCUCUCUCACAGCAAUGCCAAAGGCACCUUCCUUGGCACCAUUGAAGGAGGCGAUUCAUUUCCCCUUCCUGUCGAAGUUGUUACAAGUGGAGCCAUAACUGGCGUUAGAAUCUGUCCAGAUAUUGAGGGUUCCCUCCCGUCUUCUGAUGUAAUUUACUGGCCACCCAAGGCUUGUCCUCAGACGGCGAAACGGAAGGAUCGAGGUGAUGCCUGCAUCUAUUUGGUGCCGCGGUCAAAUGCCACUAGUAGAAAUGAGAGCGAAUGGCCAGUGCAGGAGGUUGUGUGCUCAGUCCCGCACAAUGCCCGAGAAAAUCAAUGCAGCGUUUUCAUGGACUAUGACUACACUGUCACCUUUGUGCCCAGAUUUAGUGCGAACCAAGGAGAACCCGUCGACUUCUUGCAACCUCCCAACUCCUGCGCCCUUAAGCCCGUAGCCUACAACAUGGUCAUCCGUGCUCCGGCUUCCCUUCACAACCACCUCCCUGUUCCUCUUGCUUUCAAUCUCGCUAAUUUCGUGGGAAAGGUGCAACCAGGUCAUGUUGCAGUUCUCCCUUCUGUGAAGUCCAACGGAUUCAAAUUGGGUAUCAGCUUCACGUACAAUAGCAAGGACUACAUGGCUCGAUUAGUUGUCAAUUCUGAUACGGAGGAGUUGUCCGUUAUUGCUUGUGAAACACACGAUGGCUACGAUGUCGCCUUCUUGAACCUGGGACUGCGUUGCUCCCGCCGACCCGGCCACAUCGACUUAACCAUCUACUGCCCCUACUGGCUUGUGAACAAAACGGGUCUCCAUCUCACCUACAAGGAUCAGAAGGAGGUGGAAAUCUCCCAUCCGGCCGAUUUUCCUGGCGUUCUUCUCUUCUCAGUCACCUCUAAGUCUGCGACGCUUCAUCAAAAGGUAUUUCCCGAUCUUGAUGAUUUGGUCAUUAUUUUGAAGUAUCAUGUUGCUCUUUCACCCAGCCAACAUCAGUUGCUGACUUUUGAUAGUAUCGAUCAGGAGGAUGACGAUACUAAACCAGUCGGAUCGAGCAAGUUCUCGCAACAGCACUCUCGGUCCCACAGACCGUUCCACGGUGUUCAUCGUGGAACUCGAUUGGCUAAUAAAGCCAACUAUUCCCUUCCUCUGUUUUUUUGUUUUAAUUCUUGUCUUUCUGAUUGGCAGAUCUUUAUGAAGACGGAGGACUCGCUUUGGUCAUCAAAGUUCUCCCUUGACACCGUUGGAAAUUGGGGUCGUGUGCAAUGCGAGGGAACUCGUGGAAGGUCUUAUGAGAUCAGUGUCAAGAUAGAUCUAUCAACUUCUGGUCUCACGAAGAUCAUCACGUUCAUGCCUUACUUCAUGAUUGUGAAUAAAACUUCGAUGACCUUAGAGUGUGCUCAAGUUCGUGAAGCGUCAAGGAGUCUUUUGGACACGUGGUUAUCUGUUGAGGCUGGUGAUGUGAAGCCCUUUUGGCCAGCAGCUGGCGACACUAAAAGAAUGCUCAUGGCUUGUCGAAUUAAUCAAGCAUUCACUACGAAUUGCUUCCCUCUCUACGAAUCAAACACUGUUCUUCUAAAGCUCCCCAAACCUUAUAUUGGCCUCUACACAGAUGUUCAAACCACGGACGAAGCGACUGUGAUUAAUCUACGACUUUACAAAGAAGGAAUGGCCCUUGUGCAUAUAAUUAAUGACCUUGGCUGCAAUCGUACAAUCUCCUUCUUUCAGAAGGACACAAAUGUAACGCAUACACUGAGGAGCGGAGAGCACGUGUACUACACUUGGGACGAUGCGACAAAACCUCGUCAAUUCUUCCUCUUUGCAGAAAAUCAACAAGGCAAGCCCAGACAAGUUGACAUUAUGACUGAUAGCAACGUAACAUUCACCCUGGGAAACGCUACCGUUCAUGCGGUUUCCUUCUUCUCGAAACUUCAACGAACCCUACUUUUGACGACCGAUCCAUCUGGAGAAAUGGAGUCGGUAACUGAUCGUAUCUCGGUUGUUCUCCAAUCAAUUGGGAUUUCUCUGGUGUUGAAUCAACUCCGCAAGGAAAUCUGCUAUAUAUCUAUCCGCAGCUCUGAUGUAAUUUGGAACAAAGUGAUGCGAGGUAACCGCUUGAAGCCCUUGAAACCGGACCUUAGUGAGGCCUUGGAGAAUAUUUACAGCGUCUUUCUGUUGAAAAUGGCUCAAGGUGAAGAUUUUCCAAAACGCUUGACUCUUCCUGACUCCGUUCGACCUGUCACCACUGUGGAUAUAGCCCAGAUGGUCAUGCUUGAACCUGACAACUGCUCCCUCCAACGCACCUUCGAGCCUGGAAUUCAGUUGCAAUAUCGAGCUUCUGCCAACCAAAUGCAGAUACAUGCCCAGAUUUUCCGCGUUCAGGUGGAUUCCCAGCGUUUAGACGCUCCUUUCCCCGUGGUCUUUGCACCCUACCCUCAACCCAAUUCCGUCAUUCUCGAUUCUGGUAAUGCUCCGCCUUUGCUCAUCCAUCAUCUUCAAUUAACCCCAGUUCUAUUGGCUGUAUUAAUUGUCCUUUUUCCAGGUCCGAAACCGCUUGUUGAGAUCCUAACGGUUAUUUGCAAAACCACUGAUGAGGAAGUCUAUCGAUUUAAACGAGUGGAGUGUUUGAUCCAAGAAAUGCAGCUGCAGUUAGAUCAGGGCUUCCUUAUUGACAUGUACGACUUUUUUGUCGGUAGUGUCGUGGUUCCAGAUGAGCUUGAAGGUUUCAUGGCAGAUCAAAAAUUAACCGCAGGUCCCCUGGUUGAUGCUCCUGUUGUAAAGGAUGUUCUUCAACCAGGCAAGGAGUCUCUUUUUGAUUAUAUUCAUAUAUCUCCAAUCAAGAUGCAUGUCAGUUACUCGAUGGUUGGAAGCUCGUAUGAUAACCUCUCGAGUCCCCUUCAAAAUGACGUUCUCAAGCUCUUCCUCCAAUCCUUGGGAGUUGCGUUAACGGAUGUGCAGGACGUUGUUUUCAAGCUGGGAUACUUUGAGCGACAAGGUCGCAUUAUGUCUUUCUCGAAGAUUCUGUCAGAAAUGAGUCGUCAUUACAUCAGCCAGGCCAUCAAGCAAACCUAUGUGCUCAUUUUCGGGUUGGACGUGAUUGGUAAUCCCUUCGGUGUCAUUCGUGGAAUGGCUCAAGGCGUUGAAGAUCUCUUCUACGAACCUGCUAAGGGAGCCGUGAUUGGAUCAGAAGAGUUUGCCGAAGGUGUAAAGUUUGGUGUCAGGAGUCUUUUCGGCCACACUGUUGGUGGUGCCGCUGGUGCAAUGUCGCGUAUCACGGGAACACUGGGCAAGGGAGUGGCCGCUCUCACAAUGGACGACGAUUUUAAACGUCGACGUCGUGAGGAGAUGACGAGAACUCCUGAAAACUUUGGCGCUGGAGUGGCUCGUGGUGGCAAGGGUCUGGUCAUGGGCGUAUUCGGCGGUGUGACGGGCAUUUUUUCGCAGCCCAUUUCUGGUGCAAAGAAAGAAGGUGUGGAGGGUUUCUUCAAGGGUCUUGGAAAAGGACUCAUUGGUACUGUGACUCGACCUGUCUCCGGAGUGGUUGACUUCGCUAGCACUUCUUUCGAAGGCAUCAGAAGGGCCGCAUCAACAUCUAAAGAGGUUAAUCCUGUUCGACCUCCACGUUUUAUUCACUUGGAUGGUGUUAUUCGGCCUUACGAUAGAUAUGAAGCUGAAGGCAAUGUCAUCCUCAAUCGACUUAAUCAUCGGGCUCCUACUGAGGAGUAUGCGUUCCAUAUACCUUUAAAGAAGGUCAAAGGCACUUGCUUACUGACCAAUGAGCGAAUUAUCUUGGUUACCAUCAACGACAUUCUGGGAACCUGCGCAAUCGACUGGGAGGUCCCGCUCUCACAAAUACAUGGUGUUCCCCUUAAAAAUGACAACGGUUUGGAAUUGUCUCUGGAAAAGCCUUCCAAAUCAAAUUUAUUCCGCAGUCCCACCAAUGUCAAGCAAAUUGAUUGCACUCCCGAUAACGCUCUGCGGAUGCUCUCGAAAAUUCGUCAUUUGAUCGAAGAAGGCUCGCGGGUAGCACGUAGACCCGAAGCCCCUCUUCCAAAAGUCUCAAAUCUUGAAGUUGACUGA